UUUUCCACACGUGUUGCAAUCACAUAGAUCACAACAGUCAAAACAUAUAAGUGAUAACGCCAGCUGAUUCAACGCUAUGCCCAAAAACAAAGGCGGGGGCGGAGCAAAAGGUGGAGCAGGGGCUAAAGGGGGAGCAGGUGCCAAAGGGGGAGGAGGUGCCAAAGGAGGAUCGAAAGGAGCUGAAGGUGGUGCCAAAGAGGCUAAACAAGUAAAAGGAGGCACUGCUGUCAAGGUGCGUCACAUUCUCUGUGAGAAGCAGUCCAAGGCUCUGGAAGCCAUUGAGAAGAUUAAAGGUGGCAUGAAGUUCAGUGAAGUUGCAGCUCAAUACAGUGAAGACAAGGCGAGAUCAGGGGGUGACCUGGGCUGGAUGACCAGGGGGUCCAUGGUUGGGCCGUUCCAGGAAGCUGCCUUCCAACUCCCCAACAGCAGCGUGGACAAACCCAUCUAUACAGACCCCCCAGUGAAAACCAAACACGGUUAUCACGUCAUAAUGGUGGAAGGAAAAAAGUGAACUUGUUGCCCCUAAAUGUACAUGAACGUUGUUCACUGAAAUCAUUUCAUUAUAACUGUAAAAAUCAUUAUUUGACUAUAACUUGAGUAUUUUUCAUAGGGAAUAUAUUUCUUGUUGUGGGACUUUUUCUUGCUGAUGUUAUUUGAACCUCAAAUAACACAGUGGAACAGUUAAUUUGUGAUUGCAGGUCCUUAGAAUUCAGUUAAUGUCUUACCAUUCAUAUGUUCAAACACAUUUAUCAUCACUAAUUGAGGGAUUCUGGCUUCACUGCUGCAGAUAGUAAAUGAAUGUUUUCACAAAGUUAAUACUCGGCCUAUUACCCAGUGAAUUAUCUUUUCCUACCAUACUGCUGGAAUGCAUGCAACACAUACAUAAACUUGUUAUGACUUAAAAAUGAAGCACAGCAUUUUAGUGGAAUAACUUUCAUUGGUUUCAAAGGACCUGUGCAUAUGUUAUAUGGUUGAUAUCAUGAAACUUAUACACCUUGCAGAACAUUUGGUAUGCAGGAUUCUGGGAUAUAUUUAGAUUACUGAGAUGGAAUUGAAAUCCCCUUGUGUGAUUUGUGAGAUGCAGAUAAAAAUGUAUAUGUGCAGACUCAUCAUUUGUGUAAAUAAAAGUUUCCUUGGAAUAUUAUAUAUUUUAUAUAUUUAAUCAGUAAUGUGAAAUCUUCAAUAUUUUUACUAAGGAACAUGUUUUAUAGGUUUUCGGGUGUGACCAAUAUUCUGGCAUUAUAGAGUGAAUUCUGACGUGCUUUUGGGAAUUGUCUGAGGUACUAUUCAGAAUUCAUGGGGAGUAAAUGAUACCUGGAAUUAUAAGAUAGAUAUUGUUCAGGGUUCAGGGAAGAGUUUCUGAGGAGGCGUGGUCAUCACAGGUACUUCACUCACCUGCUCACCCCCAGUACCCCCAACCCUGAACAUGCAGGUCUGUGGAAUGAUAAAUUAUCAGUGUCAGCCAUUAUCUACAGAAACUGUAGUUGUCAUAGAGCUGAUAUUGUUGCCAUGGUUACAUGUAAAAUGUCUGAACCAUCAAGUUAUUCAAUCAUGUUCAUGUCUGUUCUUGUAAUUCUUGUCCUUGUGAAUAAAUGAAUUUACAUUUU